AUAAGUUUUUAAUUCUAUGAAUAAUAAAUAAUUCAUAAAAACAAGUAAUAUCUAUUUUCAAUUAAAGAGUCAAAUAAUUUGAUCCAAUAAGAUUAAAUCUUUAUUGCACAUAAAAAGUAUUUACAAUGGCAGCAACAAUGCCUAUUAAUCCAAAGCCAUUUUUAAAUGGAUUAACUGGAAAACCAGUAAUGGUGAAAUUAAAAUGGGGUCAUGAAUAUAAGGGUUAUUUAGUGUCAGUUGAUGGAUAUAUGAAUGUGCAAUUGGCAAAUGCAGAAGAACAUAUAGAUGGUAACUGUACUGGCAGUCUUGGGGAGGUUCUAAUAAGAUGUAAUAAUGUAAUGUAUAUACGUGGUGUUGAUGAAGAAGAUGAAGAAGGUGAAAUGAAAGAUUAACCCAUAUUAUAAUUUUUUAAUUAAUAAAUAAUUAA